AUGAGUGACUAACAAAGAAUUUAUUUCAGCUUAAGAUUAAUUGAAUAUUUCUUGCUUUUCGUUUCUGUUAUGAUGCCUUAAUUUAAAUAGUUGUCAAGUAUUUAAAAUAAAAAUGUAAAUUAAAAGGAGGGAUUUCAAAAGGAAGAAAAGUCUUUAAUAUUGAAAAGUUAUUAAAAGUAUAAAGAACAACAAUUUUUGCAUACGUUUAAUCAGUUUAUUUGAUAGUGGAUUAGAUUUGUUUUAUUUAGUAUUUUAGUGGAUAUACGAUGAUACCAAUUGAUAAGUUAUGUAAAACUUUAUGGACAAUGGUUGUAAUUUUAAAGCCCAUAAAUAAGAAGGGUCGUUUUUUAAUAGGACUAUUUUUGGUUGGAAAACUAUGUGAUAGUCUUAUAGGAGUUUCAUCUUCAUACAUAAAAUUAUUGGAUAUUCCUUAAUAUGUAACAGGGUUGUUAGGAGUUAGUUCGAGUUUGAUUUAAUUAUAUUUAUUAUGA